CAGUGAAAUUUCUAUAAUGUCACAAUUAAGACGGUUGGCUUCUCGCAUAAACCAUGACAUGUGUGAGAAGUAUCCAUAGUUAGUAUGAUGAUUAUGGACAGCAAAAAUAUUUUUGUUCCUAGUUGAACGAACAGGAACUUGGAAUGAGACUUGAUGUAAUGAGUUUGAUUUCUGAAACUAUUGAGUCAACACCCCACAUACUGGCUAACAGUGCUGUGUAAUGCAUCACCCCUGAUCUCCAUAGCAAUGAAGGUCAACUGCAUGAAUUAAGGAAUAUUAUGGCAAACCAUAAUUAGAUAAUUUUCCACAAUUGUAGUGUAUUUGACCAAAAUCAAGAAAGCCACCCACAAAUACAGCUAAGCAACUUCAAAACCAAAAUCACGACUAUACAACACUGAAGUCUUGAUUGGAACCAAAAGACAAAUGACUAACUACGGACCCGGUUUGCAGGCUGCACCUGUAAUAUUUCAGAAAGCAAAUUAAUCUAUAAACAAUGGACCGCAAUGAAUUGAAUACGGACUGGACAUGGCAAAUGUGCCGCUUCACAAGUGGGGAAAAGCAGUUUCAGUGGAAUACGAUUACGAUACCCCUAGGCAGACGAUCCAUCACAUCCAUGUACACAAGGUUUUCGAAAAUGUUGCAAUGGACUAUGAUGUUAUGAAUGAUGCAAUGUCUUUAGGGAUACAUAGAAUCUGGAAGGACUAUUUUAUGUGUAAACUGCAUCCAACAAAUAAUACAAAAUUGCUAGAUGUAGCUGGAGGAACAGGUGACAUUGCAUUCCGAUUUCUGAAUUCAGUCAAAAAUAAUCAAUUGAAAGACUGCCAUGUUACUGUUUGUGAUAUAAAUGCAAACAUGCUUGAAGUUGGCAAAAUUCGAAGUGUUAAUCUCAAACAUAGUCCCAAUAACAUCACCUGGAAAGAGGGUAAUGCAGAGAUGCUACCUUUUCAUGACAAGGCGUUCAAUGCUUACACCAUUGCGUUUGGUAUUAGAAAUUGUACUCAUAUUGAUAAAGUCUUAGAAGAAGCCUAUAGAGUACUUCAACCUGGAGGGCGUUUCAUGUGCUUAGAAUUCAGUCAUUUAGAAAACUCUACAGCACAAUGGAUAUAUGAUCAGUAUAGUUUUCAAAUGAUACCAGUUCUAGGACAAGUCAUUGCUGGCCAGUGGAAACCUUAUCAGUAUUUGGUGGAAAGUAUUAGACAGUUCCCUCAUCAGGACGAUUUCAAAUUAAUGAUAGAAGAAGCUGGUUUCCGCCAAGUGACAUAUGAGAAUUUGACUUUAGGGGUGGUAGCAAUACAUUCAGGUUUCAAGUUAUGAGAAAAUCAACAGAAUUAUCAAAUGAAACUUUAUUUAAAUAAUCAAUUGUUAUGCACAUUUCGAAAAUACAUCAAUGUUUUGUUUUACAAUCUUUUGUCAAUUUGUGUUUUCACACUUGGAAUAUUUUUUAUAGUAAAUGACAAAAACAU